AUGGGUCGUGGCCGGGGCCGGCAUCCGCAGCGGUGCUUGAUGCUGGAGAUACCUCCCGAGUCAGGGAAAGUCCAGCCCGGUGGCCCAGUGGGCAACCAGUCCAGGGUCCGCGAAGCCCUUCUCCCCCGCGGCUGUGGGCCUCCGUGCCUGACUGCAGCUGCGAUCUUUGUCUGGCAGGAACCGGUGACCUUCGAGGACGUUGCCGUCUAUCUGAGCCGCACGGAGUGGGACGCCAUCGCCGAGGGGCAGAAGGAGCUGUACCGCAGCGUCAUGUUGGACAACUACACGCUCCUGACGUCCCUGGGUUACCCAGGCCCCAAGCCUGACAUUCUGUACCGUCUGGAGCGUGGGGAAGCGCCAUGGGUCUGCACGCCGCAGAGCCCUGUGAGGUGGGAUGGACCUGACAGCCCCUCUCUAGGACACGAUGGGGACAUGAGCUGGUGGCCGGGUGCUGGUGGGUGCCAGGUGCUGGAGGAGAGGGCGCAGGCCCCCUGCCAAGGAGGACGGUGCCUGCAGUGGCGCCUCCGCUCCAGGAGGCUGCUGAACAAGUGUCUCGGGGGUGGGAGCCAGUUGCCAUCACAGGCGGGUGGCGAAGGAGUGGGGCCGGUGGAAAGCCAAGACCAGGCACAGACGAUCUUCUGGCCGGGGAAGGACGGAGCGGUAGAGGACAAACUAGUGGUCACGGCAAACCUAACCCAAUGCAGAGGAUUCCCGCUUCAUCCGGUGACGGAAGAGCAGAACAAAAAGGCAGAUCCUCAGGAGCGUCUGAGUGGGGAGCCGAGGGAGGGGGAGAGGGAGAGGGAGAGGAGCACCCCAGGUGGUCAGCACCCCCUGGGAGAGGUGACGGUUCGCCAGGGGGAUAGGGAACCGCCUGCUGAGGAUACGAACGAGACUGUUUUGAAAGAUCACUGUUACUGUGUGACGAGCGAGACUCGGCUCUGGCACUGCACCCCGCAUCUGUGCCUUCUGCGAGAACACGACUACUGCAGGGACCGCAGGGCCGGGGUCUCGGCCCUUAAGGACCAUGAAUACUGUGACGCGCAACAGAACUGCCAUCAGGGCAGAGCUGAUAAAGUUGGCCAUCUCACUGGGACGGCUCGGGCCGUGCUCCACAGGCUGACAAAGCAAAGAUCCCAGAUACGGCGGAUCAUCCGGAGAGCCAAGCGGAUGAUGUGGCAUCACAAGCCAGGUGCCAACAAGAGCUUGGGUUCCUCCAGCACCAGCUGCCUUCCCGAACCUGCUGCCCCUCCUGCUGAGCCGGAAGGUGACACCACGAAGGGAACACGUGGGGCAUUUUGUCCGCCUGCAGAGCAGGAGGCCGUGCCCCCCCAGCCUCAGAGCGAGGGUGGGUCCCGAGGGGGGGUGUCAGAAGUGCUUCAUGCCCCUGUGGUGUCCUUUGAACUGGUGGCUGCACACCCCCCCUCAAAUCCAGCCACGAGGGCGCGUUGCUUCCCUCUGCACCUCAAGGCGUCCAUACACGGCGAGGCACAGAGCCCUGAUGCCCAGCGAAAUGUCGAAGGACGCAAACCCGUCUACUCGACCGUAUUGCUGUGUGAUGCGUACAAAAUGGUGCUGCGGACUGUUGACCACGUCUUGGAUUCCAUAAACCACAACCUCGAGCGCGGUGGCUUCUCGCAGCGUAAGGAUCUCUGGCCCCCCAGCGUUCGCAUUGACAGCUGAUGGGUGGCGGAAGGCCGGCCGCGGCUCUUCCAUCUCCCGAGGCAAACGCGUUGGGACCCUGCGGUGCCACACGCUGAAGUGGUCUGAGAGGAGAAAUGCCAUGCAAGGCACACGGAGGUGGAUUAGCGGGUGUAAAAUUCAAUACGCAACGCGUGCUGGGGAAACUGGGACCGACUGGGAGGCUUCGGGGAAAAGGGAAAGGGAAGGAUUGGUGUGGAUAAAGGAGCAAGCACGGGAAGACAGAGGGCAGGG